AUGCCCCGCGCACGUGUCUUGCGGUGCAUCUGUGCGCGGUGGGGGGAGUCGUCUCUCGCCCCUGCUGCCCCGGCGGAGGGAAGGGGUGAAAAAACUGCAGAAAAAGAAGGGGAACUUCGCAAGAAGGAGUUGCCGAGGCUUCUGCGGGGUCUCUCCCUAACCUCCGAGGCGGUUGAAAGGGCGCAUGGCCUCCGAAGCAGUGAGGAGCUGGCUGCUCGUGCUCAGGAGAGAGAAGCGGCGGCGUUUCGUCUGCUGGAAGCGGAAUCGCUGCAACAACUGACCAUCAGUUGUUUCCGGCCUUCUCCGCAGCUCUCCACGCGCGAGGAGGAAACUCUUUUGGGGCGGCGGAGCUGCGCGCGUUGA